CUCAGAACACCCUCUCCAUCAACAUGCAAGCCUUAGCCAACUACGCCGACGACUCGCCGUCACCGCCCGGCCCAUCCGUAAGUCUACCCCGCAAGCCGAGAACAUAGGGUCACACCAUCCCCCACUUCGACGUCUGCGGCACCCUGCGCAUCUGGACAUCUGCAAUAGCGACCGCGCGAGUCUCCCGGCCCAGUACGCCCGCGUAAGCGUUUCCGCCUGCCACGGCGCACGCCAACGCCGUCCCCGCCUCGCGACUCGAUCCCCGAAGAGGCUGAGACGGGUGAGGCGGCACCUUCGGAGCGGGUGAGCCGCGCCCCGUCGACGGCGCGCCCGCCGUCUGAGGAUCCGUUCGAGGGAAUGGACGACGACGAGAUCUUUCGCCUUGCCACGCGUCCACCCGGUGAUGAGAGCGACUGGGGCCUGCCACCUGAGGUCGACGGCGCCGCCGAUCCACGGCUGCAGGGCAAGGUGACUCAGUUCCUCCGCCUCAAGCAGCAGGGGCAGCACAUCAACACGAGUCUGAUGCAAAGCUCCAGCUUUGCCAAUCCCACGAUCUACGCCAAACUCGUCGAGUUCGUUGAUAUUGAUGAGCGGGCCACCGCUGUACCUGGCGGUGGGUGGAUCACCCGGCGGGGCCUUGAGGCCGAGGUGUCUCGGUAUGGGCCGAAGGCAUUGCAGGCGCAACAAAAUGAGAUGGCAGAGGCUGCGAAGCGCGCUCAGGAGGGACGAAGGCGGGAAAUUGCGUUCACAUCGUCCGGUAGUGGACGUGAGCGCGAGCGCGAGAGGGACAGGGACAGGGAUGACCGCAGGCGUGAGAGGGAUAGGCGGGAUAUGGGGGGCUUGCACCGUCCAAGGCAUGGAUGGGAGGGUGGUUGUCGCGAACGUGAUCGAAGGUGAAGUUACAGCCCACAUUUUGAUGCACGAGAUGCUAUGUCCAGUAGUAGAAG